UCUCUCGCUCUCAGUCAUCACUCACUUGCCUUCCCGCCACGCCGCGCGCCUGGACAUGUCAUCCCAUUGAUCCCAUCAAUGCUCAUACCAGCCGCAGCCUCGCUCGUCUCGCUAUCCACCCAAUUCCGCACACAUGUGGUGACGCGACAAGGGAGUGGUCUGAGCGGCGUCAAAUCCGUUCCCAUUAAGCCGCCAAGACCUGUCAUCCCGUGGCAGUGCGUCUUGGCGGAACAAUGGGCCAGCCGUUCGCUCCCAGACUGGCGUGCGGGACUUGCCCGCAUCACCUUGACUGCCCAACUGCCUCUUCGCGCCGUCCUAUCUCCAGCCCCAGUCACACCCUUGCCUGUGGCGACGUUGCUGACGGCAGCCACACUGAACCGUGCAAAAGCAUCCACAGGCUUGCUGCAAGGUUUCGAGGACGUCCGGCUGGUCACUUGUAUGAAGAGCAACAUGGCAUGCGCGUGCGCAUGCUGCCAUCUGCCAGCGCGGCCAGUCGCAAGCCCGAUUAUGGUCCCUUGAACAUGUAGACACGCUUGCAGCUGCCAGAUUGCUGCUCGCGCUGCACACUUGCAUCCUCUGAGUGCUGCGCCGCGUUUCAUGUACAUAAUCGAGGAUUGGUGAGGGUAGUGUGCGAUGAGCGGGGCAAGUGUCGUGCACCCCCGCAUCCAGCUCACAAGUUGCCUUCGGAAGUGUUCACCCUUGCUGUGGCACGGAGAUACCCUGAUUGACGGCGCCGGAGAAUGUCUUGGCAGGCAACAAUCACCCCGGCAGCCGGCAUCGACCCCCUCACUCCCCAAACUCAGCACUCAGGUUGUCCAAGCCACCUUGAACCUGUCUGCCCCCACCAUGGUCCAAUGCAUGAGGUUUCCCC